AUAAGUAAUUUACGUAGCUCUUGAGAAUACACGGAACCCACUGUGUGUUCAUUGAAGUGACAGAGCUACCAAUGUAAAGGUCGUAGAUGAACUGUUCUAUUAGUUCGCUGUUCAAACUCGUGUAAACCUACCAAGCCGUGCCAACGACGAGGAAUGGAUAUUGUGCCCGUCAAAGGUGGAAGGAUGGUUCAAAGUAAUUAACUAUCGGACGGGGACAGUAUAGGUGGCGCAGCGAUGGACAAGGACGCACUCCACCAGUGCGAACUCAUCCAGAAUAUGAUCGAGAUCUCCAUCUCUAGUUUACAAGGACUCCGAACCAAAUGCGCAGCAUUGAGCGACCUCACUCAGCAAGAAAUACGCACUUUGGAGGUGAAACUGACUAAGUACAUCUGUAAGCAGCUGCAGUGUAAGCAGAGAGUGCCUGAGAGACAGAGGACCCAGGCCCUGGCCAGCUACCCUCGACUGGGAGACUGGCUCUGCACCAUCAACCUCAGACCUGAACUCAUACAGGCUGUACCAGUGAAGCUGUCCCUGGAUGCUUUGCUGCAGAUGUCCAGUUGUCAGGUGCAGGACACCAUGAGACAGCUGGGCUCUGAACCAGAGGAGUGCUCCCGACUCACUGCUGCCCUCUCCUGCCUAAAGAGUGCCAGUGGGGACAUCAGAGAAGACCCAGGAACCUGGAUAUCAGAGCCUCCCCGCCGUGACAGUAACACCUUACCUCCUCCGGACCGUCGCCCCUCCACCCCCGCCACACUACCCCGUGGCUCCAUCCUCAGUCCGCAUACCCAUGCCCGUUCUGUCUCUGUGACUGUCGUACCCUGUGUGGACGAUAAGGGGCAUCAAGUCUACACAGGAGGCAUGUCGGACGCUUUCCCCUCCUCGCCACUGCUCUUCUCCAAUUCCCCUCCCUCCAAGAGACGCGCCAAGCACCCUCCACGCAUGUCCCCCUCCCGAAAAUUGCUGCAACUCCCCUUCAAUAUCACCCUCACACGCAGCAAGAGCCACGAGUCACAGCUGGCCAACCGCAUAGAAGAGCCAGUGCCCAACAACAAGGGUGGGAAGAAGAACAAGCUGCUCCUGAAUGUGCACAUUAACAGUAGCAGUGGAAACGGGUGUGAAGACUCCACCCGGACCCCUGGCCCAGCCACCGCCCCCUACACCCUCCCAGGAACCCCUACGCUGCUGGAGCAUAACCUAGCAUUGCACCGGGGGUCUCCACAGAUGAUGAGGAGGGAUAUCGGCCUCUCUGUAACACACAGGUUUUCAACCAAAUCCUGGCUCUCACAGACAUGCCAGGUGUGUCAGAAGAACAUGAUGUUUGGUGUUAAAUGCAAACACUGCAAGUUAAAGUGCCAUAACAAAUGUACCAAAGAAGCCCUUCCCUGCAGGAUAUCUUUUCUCCCACUCCCGCAAAUCCGCCGGGCAGAAUCCGUACCGUCUGAUAUCAAUAAUCAAAUUGACCGUACGGCAGAGUUACCAAUCCAGUUUGGCACUUUACCUAAGGUGCUAACCAAAAAGGACAACCCUCCCAUGCUGAGCCAGAUGGAUUCCAGCAGUAACCCUUCCUCCACCACUUCCUCUACGCCCUCCUCGCCCACCCCCUUCCAGCAGAGCAACCCCCCCAGCAUCAACGCCACACCGCCCCCCAACUCCUCGCCCGGCCCCCAAGGGCCCCGAGACAGCCGCUUCCACUUCCCAGCUGGCGGUUAUUUACAACCUAGACAACAGUUUAUUUUCCCUGAUGUUUCCUCUUCACCAUAUCCUGUUGGACUACACUCUGAAGGCUACCAUGACACUGGAGACACACAGCAACUGGCACAAUCAGAACCUCCAUGUCAAGGACAGGAAUGUGGAGCGGAAGAGGAGGAAUACCCAGGGGAUGAGGGAAACGGUAGCAAGGAGGGCAGAGAGAAGGGCCACUCAAACGGAGAGUGUGAUGGGGACGAGAUAGAGGACCUGCCCAGCUACCGGGGCCGACUAGCCGGUGGCCAAUGGAGGGGGCCUAUCUCCCGUAAGGCCAGCCAGACCAGCGUAUAUCUGCAGGAGUGGGACAUCCCCUAUGAGCAGCUGGAGCUGGGGGAGCUCAUUGGCAAGGGCCGCUGGGGGAAGGUGCAUAAGGGGCGCUGGCAUGGAGAGGUGGCCAUUCGGCUGCUGGAGAUAGAUGGUAAUAACCAGGACCACCUGAAGCUGUUUAAGAAGGAAGUGAUGAACUACAGACAGACCCGCCACGAGAACGUGGUCCUCUUCAUGGGGGCCUGCAUGGCCCCGCCACACCUCGCCAUCAUCACCAGUUUCUGCAAAGGUCGGACACUAUUCUCUGUUGUAAGAGAUGCCAAGAACACGCUAGACAUCAACAAGACAAGGCAGAUCGCUCAGGAAAUUGUUAAGGGUAUGGGCUACCUUCACGCUAAAGGAAUCGUUCACAAGGACCUGAAGUCCAAGAAUGUGUUCUAUGACACAAACAAAGUGGUAAUCACAGACUUUGGCCUUUUUGGAAUGUCCGGAGUGGUACAAGAGUACCACAAGAGGCAAGAGAACGAGCUGAGGCUCCCUCAUGGCUGGAUCUACUACCUGGCCCCUGAGAUCGUCCGCAGAAUGGGCACUGGAAACCAUGAGGACCGCCUGCCUUUCUCCAAUGCUGCAGACGUCUAUGCCUUUGGCACCAUUUGGUAUGAGCUGCAGGCCCGUGGCUGGCCACUCACCAACCAGCCGGCAGAGGCCACCAUCUGGCAGGUGGGCAGUGGAGAGGGCAUAAAGAAGGUCUUGGCAAAGGUCAGCCUGGGCAAGGAGGUUACGGAGAUACUGUCUGCCUGUUGGUCCUUCAAGCUGGAAGAGCGUCCCUCCUUCACCCAGCUGACUGACAUGCUGGAGAAGCUGCCGAAGCUCAACCGCAGGCUUUCCCACCCAGGACACUUCUGGAAGUCAGCCGAACCCUGGGUUCAUCAUCAUUGCCUGCGGGACCAUUGCAGUCAGGGUCUGCAGUCUCGCUGCCCCUACAUAUACAAAUAACACAUAUCUCAGUGAUCACCGGUGCUUAUCAAUCCGUAGGAAUAGCCUGUUUGGUAUUAGAUUCAGAGGAAUGGACAACCCAGCAAAAUAACUGGUAUCACAGCCAAUAGUGCCACCAAUAUAUAGAGUCAUGUAUCUUUGUCAACUUGCUAAAUGUACCAUAAUGCACUGCCUGGGUUGUUUGUUAGUUUCUUGUUCUUUGCCUAACUUCAGUUUGUGUAUUAACAUUUUGGUGCUAGUAGUGGCUAAUGCAAACAGUCUAGUCUAACCACUUGCUUUCUUUCAAUUUUCCCCUCUCUCCUCUUUUUCCUCUCUCUAUUUCUCGCUCUCUCUCACCCUACAACUUAGGUUGUAGCCUUCAGUAUGCAAGAUGAAGUAAUAAUGAGGUUCAAUGUAAGAUGUUGACUUGCCUCUUGUGCACUCUUUGUGUGCCUGUGUCAACAUGCUUGUUUGGUUGGUUGCUGAAUGUAAUGUACUGGACAACCACAGAUUAACCCUGUGAAAGACUGCAGUGAUUGAAUGUUAGCAGUGAUAACAAAGAUAAAUGUAUCCGAUAUAUAAAUAUAGAUAGAAUUGUUUUAUUUAAUGUACAGAUAACAUUUGUUUUAUGUGUACAAAGUUUUUUCAUUACAUUAUAGGUACUUCACAUCUAAUUAUGUAGAACUUUAAAACAUUUCCCCCUCACAAAACACUGUGUAAACAAAAAUUGUACAUUAAAAGAUGGGUUGGUGUUUUUUAUGUCAUAAGAAUGUAUAUUUUUGUACAGAUUGUGGCUACAUUCAAGGUGUUUCUGGUUUCCUCAGUGAAAGACGAUAAAACUGAACUCACAUCA